GUCAUUAGCUUGGGAAUGUGGACAGGUCGUGAGAGGGUGUGAAUGAAAGAGAGAGAGGAUUUUUAUUAAAGUGUAUUUUGAAGUGUAGCAGAUUGCUGUUGGAUGACUGAACCGGUGGACAGUAGAGUGGACUGACUAACUUUCUGUGUGAGAUUUCAGAAGAUAAGAAAAUUAGCACUCUACACAAAGAAAGAGAGAGAGAGAGAGAGUGAGGGAAGAGGAAAUUGGGACGGAUGGGGGGAAGAGUUAGUGACACGGAAAUAAACACGAGAGAGAGGUAGAGAAAGAAAGAGGUGUAGAGAAAAGUGUCCGGAGCCAAACAGUGGAUGUUCUAUCUCUUUCCCUAACAGCAGUGAGAUGGAGGUGUAUAAGCUGACAGUUGCUACAGGCACAUCAGAGUAUUCUGGCACCAAUAACUACAUAUAUGUCACCCUGGUGGGAGAGAAAGGAGAGAGUGAGAGAACAAUCCUGGACAACCCUGGACUGGACUUCUGUAGAGGAGCGGUGGAUGAGUACAAGGUGUGUAGCCCGGCCCCUCUGGGUCCUCUCCUCCUGGUUCGUCUGGAGAAGCAGCGUUACUGGGUGGAGGAUAACUGGUUCUGUCGCUAUGUCACUGUGGAGCCACCAGGUGGUGGUACAGCCCUCACCUUCCCCUGUUACCGCUGGCUCAUAGGAGACAUCAAGGUGGAGAUACGAGAAGGCACAGCGAAGAGACUCAGUGAUGACACCUCUCCUCAGCUAUUGGCUCACAGAAAAGCAGAACUGCAAGAGAGACAGAAGAUAUACAGAUGGGCUGCAUGGGCUCCUGGGAUUCCCAAGUGUAUUGAUGCCAAGACCGAGGCAGACCUGCAUCAGGACGUACGUUUUGACAACGAGAAAAGGAGCGACUUUGAGGGCUCCUUACACUAUGCUAUUCUAGAGCUGUCUCUGAAGAAACUAGCCAUCAGGUUUGGAAAGUCAUGGAACGAUCUGGAGGACUUUAAACGAUGCUUCUGGAAACUCAAAAGCCCGAUAGCUGAGUACUGUAUGGAGCACUGGAAGGAGGAUUGGUUCUUUGGGUACCAGUGUCUGAAUGGUUCAAACCCCCGCAUGAUCCAGCGCUGCAAGGAGCUUCCAGGAAACUUCCCAGUCUCUGGAGACAUGGUGCAGGGGUCGUUGGCACCCAGGACCACCCUGGACAAGGAGCUCAAGGCUGGUAACAUCUACUUGAUUGACUAUGCCAUUAUGGAUGGUGUUCCCACAAAUGUAAUCAGGGGGAAACCACAGUACAUCGCUGCACCUCUGUGUCUACUAUAUGAACACCCUGACCUGGGACUCAUACCCAUUGCCAUACAGCUAGGACAGACUCCUGGCUUCGACACACCCAUUUUCCUGCCUAAUGACCCGCCCCUGGCCUGGCUACUGGCUAAGAUCUGGGUCCGUCACUCAGAGUUUCAGGUGUUCCAGUUGCUGUCACACCUGUUGAGAACUCACCUGUUGGUAGAAGUGUUCUGUGUGGCUACAUUACGUCAACUUCCCGCUGUACACCCUGUAUAUAAGCUCCUGACUCCCCACCUGCGCUACACUCUGGAGAUCAACUGCAGGGGACGCACUCAGCUUGUCUCUGCUGACGGCAUCUUCAAAAGGGUGGUGUCUACAGGAGGGGAGGGUCUGCUCGUCCUGUCCCAGAGAGAGUACAAGGUCCUGACCUACCGCUCUCUCCAGCCCUGCUGGGACUUCCAACAGCGCGGCACCACCACGCUCAAAGACUACUUCUACAGGGAGCACAGCCUCAUGCUGUGGGACGCCAUACACAGUUUCGUCUCAGGGAUGAUAUCUGUGUACUACCAUUGUGACAGUGAUGUGGUGGAGGACUCGGAGUUACAGACCUGGAUAAAGGACAUCGCUGAGGAGGGCUUUGUCGAUGUUCCCAAAUUUGGCUUGUCCAACGAACUAAAAAACAAAGCAGAGCUGGUCACCUUGCUGAGUGUAGCCAUCUUCACAAGCACAGCACAGCACGCAGCCACCAACAAUGGACAGUUUGACUGGUGUGCUUGGGUACCCAACACCCCGUGCACCAUGCGUCACCCCAUGCCAACCGACAAGGACGCUGUUACCAUGGAGAUGAUAAUGGACAGCCUGCCUGAUGUCAGCCAAACAUGUUUGGAGAUGGCGAUCACAUGGCACCUGGGGCGGCCACAACCUGAUGCAGUCCCAAUGGGUCAGUAUCCAGAGCAGUACUUCACUGAGCCCCAGGCCCAGGAGGUGAUUGACAGGUUCAGACAGGAACUGAAGGAUAUAGAGGAACACAUCCUGAGCCAGAACCAGGGACUGGAGCUACCUUACCUCUUCCUCCUGCCCAGCCGCAUCGAGAACAGCAUUACUAUAUAGAUUAGACCCCAAUGUCUUUACAUUAUUAUUUUUCUACUUACUGAGGAGCAGGGCCAGACUACCGCAUUUGGGGCCCAGGGGCCCCUGAGGAGCAUCCCACUAGGCACAGACGUCAGUUCAACAUCAAGUCAUUGGAUUUAGGUUAAAAGUUGGGUGAAAAAAAGAUGAAAUGCCCUUACAUUGAUCGCUUUUUGCAAAUCCAAUUAGUUUUCCAUGUCAUCACAUUGAUUUUUUGGGGUUGAAAUUAUGUGGAAACAACGUUGAUUCAACCAGUUUUUGCCCAGUGGAUAGGCCAUCAACUAUAGUUCUCCAGCAAACUAUGCCUUAACCCUUAUCUCAGUUAACCCAGAACUAAAAUCCAGACCCUGCACCAGGAUAAAGUGACUAAGGGGGCAGUUGAAAUCGGCGAGGGGGAAACAUUUUGGGGGGUUCUUGCAUUGGAAUUAUAUUGAAUUCUGCUUAUAUAAUCACGCUAUACCACAGUAAACAAAGUUCAAAUGCU